AUGCCUCGCAUUACGUCCAUGAGGGUGCGACGAAUGUGUUUCAUCUUCCAGCAGUAUAUAACAGGGUUCAAAGACGAGUUGAGGAAAACAAAAAUCGUUGCAUACAGCCGAGCUUCGUAUAAAGAGAUUGGACUUAAAAGGCGAGCCAUGACUGACUCUGCUAUACAUCUUUCUAAUCUUUGCAGGAUUAUUGACAACAUGCCUGUGACUUGGUGUUAUGAGGUUGCAGAUGAAGAAAGAAAGUACUGUUCCACAGGAUUUCCUAUCGGCUGUCAUGUGUCAGAGGAUGGACAAGCACGCGAUGCCUGUGUAACAAGUGCCAAGUUCAAUGAACGCGGGAUGCACUACAUCUUUAAUCAUGUUGAUAUCGAGAUCAAAUACCAUGAUGGGUCAGGGGAAGACUGGGAAGGAGCUCGUCUGAUGUCUGCAAAGGUCACUCCAAGAAGUAUCAAGCACGAGAAAGGCAAGGAUCCUGAGACUGAUCCCAAUCACAAAUGGGCAUCCCGUUGGGACUACAUUCUUGAUUCAAUGCCACACACAAAAAUCCAGUGGUUUAGCAUCAUGAAUUCAUUGGUCAUUGUGCUCUUUUUGUCUGGAAUGGUGGCCAUGAUUAUGCUGCGAACUCUGCAUAAGGACAUUGCUCGUUACAAUCAGAUGGAGUCAGCGGAGGAGGCUCAAGAGGAGUUUGGCUGGAAGUUGGUCCAUGGAGAUGUCUUCCGCCCUCCAAAGAAAGGAAUGUUAUUGUCUGUCAUGUUGGGUUGUGGAACUCAGAUAUUUAUUAUGGUGUUUUUCACAUUAGUGUUUGCUUGUCUUGGAUUCCUUUCACCUGCGAACCGUGGAGCAUUGAUGACUUGUUCAUUGGUGCUGUUUGUUUGUCUUGGUUCACCUGCUGGUUAUGUUUCUGCCAGAAUUUACAAAAUGGUUGGAGGAGAAUUAUGGAAGACCAAUGUCCUGUUAUCAGCGUUCUUUUUCCCUGGAUUGAUGUUUGGAAUUUUCUUCCUGUUGAAUCUUGUUCUGUGGUCAGAGGGUUCCUCGGCGGCUGUUCCAUUCACCACUUUACUUGCCUUGUUAGCCAUGUGGUUUGGAAUUUCAGUUCCACUUACAUUCCUGGGGGCUUACCUUGGAUUCAAGAAAAAGCCAAUUGAGCAACCAGUUCGAACCAAUCAAAUUCCUCGUCAGAUUCCAGACCAGAGUAUUUACACCAGAGCAGGACCAGGAAUCAUCAUGGGAGGUGUUCUUCCGUUUGGGUGUAUUUUUAUCCAGUUGUUUUUUAUCUUAAACAGUAUUUGGUCGCAUCAGAUUUACUACAUGUUUGGUUUCUUGUUUGUGGUUUGUUUAAUUCUACUGUUGACCGUGUCAGAGACCACCAUACUGUUGUGUUAUUUCCAUCUUUGUGCUGAGCCAGAGACUGAUCCCAAUCAGAAAUGGGCAUCCCGUUGGGACUACAUUCUUGAUUCAAUGCCACACACAAAAAUCCAGUGGUUUAGCAUCAUGAAUUCAUUGGUCAUUGUGCUCUUUUUGUCGGGAAUGGUGGCCUUGAUUAUGCGGCGAACUCUGCGCAAGGACAUUGCUCCCUACAAUCAGAUGGAGUCAGUGGUAUGCUGUCAGAAAACGUUUCGCUGGAAGUUGGUUCAUGGAGAUGUCUUCCGCCCUCCAAAGAAUGGAAUGUUAUUGUCUGUCAUGUUGGGUUGUGGAACUCAGAUAUUUAUUACGGUGUUUUUCACAUUAGGUUCACCUGCUGGUUAUGUUUCUGCCAGAAUUUACAAAAUGGUUGGCGGAGACUUGUGGAAGACCAAUACCUUGUUAUCGGCCUUCCUUUUUCCUGGAUUGAUGUUUGGAAUUUUCUUCCUUUUGAAUUGUGUUCUGUGGUCAGAGGGUUCAUCAGCAGCUGUUCCGUUUAUCAUUUUAUUCACCCUGUUGGCCAUGUUGUUUGGCAUUUCAGCUCCACUUACAUUCCUGGGGGCUUACCUCGGAUUCAAGAAAAAGCCAAUUGAGCAACCAGUUCGAACCAAUCAAAUUCCUCGUCAGAUUCCAUACCAGAGAAUUUACACUAGAGCAGCGCUAGGAAUCAUAAUGGGAGGUGUUCUUCCGUUUGGGUGUAUUUAUAUCCAGUUGUUUUUUAUCUUAAACAGUAUUUGGUCGCAUCAGAUUUACUACAUGUUUGGUUUCUUGUUUGUGGUUUGUUUAAUUCUACUGUUGAUCGUGUCAGAGACCACCAUACUGUUGUGUUAUUUCCAUCUUCGUGCUGAGGAUUAUCAUUGGUGGUGGCGUUCCUUCCUGACUGGCGGAUGUACUGCAGUGUAUUUCUUUCUGUACUCGAUUCAUUUCUUUGUCACCAAACUGAACAUCACAGGAACAACCUCUACCUUCCUGUACUUCGGCUACACACUGAUCAUGGUGUUGAUCUUCUUCCUUUUCACUGGUACUGUGGGGUUUUUCGCCUGUUUCUUCUUUGUGAGAAAAAUCUACAGCAUCGUCGAGGUAGACGACAAGGGUCUGGAUGGAGAACUGGAUGGAGAACUGGAUGGAGAACCUGACACUCAGAUAAAGCCUUGAACAUGACAUCCACUUGUUAAAUGGAAAAAUAAAUUGGCGUAUGUUAUGAGUAAUUCACCUUUUGGGCUUUAGAUUUCACGUGAUUUCACGUAGUGUCACGUGACUUUUGAUGUAAACAAACCUCGAAAGUUCGGACAUGGAGCCGAGCUCGCAGCACAUGAGUUCAAACUUCGGCAGAAGAAAGUGAGGAAGCCUUGAUUCCCAAAGAUAAAACCGAUUUCACCUCUAUGAAUGUGUAUGAUUGCAGUUGUUUAGUAAGUGUAUAUCUAAACAUAAUGGUUACGACAAAGAGAUGUGCUUAUGGCACAUAAACGCUCUUAUUUAAGUGGGCUGAAAUAAGUUUAUUUACGAUUAGCAUUGUACUGCAUUUAGGAGUCGCUCCUAAUUAAGAACGUUACCCGCUGUUUAAUAAAAUAGUUGAGUUCGUGGGAUUUAGUGUUUUUCUGUCGGUUAAAUUAUACCGUAACACGUAAACAACAGAGAGUCAGACAAAUGUUGUUGUCUGCCUUUAGUUAACAACAUGGUGUAAUAAUUUUGCAUGUAACAACUAUUGAACAUCCUCAACUUCAAUCAAUAAAUUAUUUUCCAAAAAAAUUGAAGUAAACAAUGGAGAGUCA